AAUGCUGACUGCCCGCAACAUUAAGCCAACAGUUUCGAUUCCAAAAGAUUCUAAGCAACUCCCGAUCAGCAUCAUGAAAGUAUUCAUCGCUCUCGUCGCCCUUGCUGCUCUGUCCUUUGCAGCUGCUGUGGAACUCUCUCCGGCCCAGAUCGAAGUGGUUAGACAGAGGGCCCAGGCCUGUGCCGAACAGGAAGGAAUCACCAAGGAGCAGGCUAUUGCCCUGCGCGCCGGCAACUUCGGGGACUCCGAUCCCAAGGUGAAGUGCUUUGCCAACUGUUUCCUGGAGCAGAGUGGCCUGGUGGCCAACGGUCAGGUCAAUCCCGCUGCGGUCCUGGCCAAACUGGGUCCCAUCGCCGGGGAGGCAAAGGUCAAGGAGGUCCAGGCCAAGUGCGACUCGAUCCAGGGAGCCGAUAAGUGCGACACCAGCUACCAGUUGUACAAGUGCUACUUCGAAAACCGCGCUGAAAUAUAAGUCAAAAUAUCGAAUCUGAACAUUGACAUUUUUAUGAAAUAAACAUUCCUUAAUUGAGCUGCAAAAAUUA